AUGAACUCCCUCCAGUUGCAAGGAGCAGAAAGAGUCCAAACUCUCCUCCAAUUGCGGCAGCACGGCACGAACCCUACCAACGCAGAGCCGAUCUACUCGCAGAAUGGGAUAAACACAUUGGUGCGAUAUGGAGUGGAAGGGGAAUCCCCUGAUGUGCGACGUGCGGCCUUGCGCUGUGUUGCCAAUGCCUUGUUGCUUGAUGCGAAAAUGCGACAGCUAUUUGUGGACACAGGGUAUGGUGGAAAGCUAGCCGGCAAGCUAAAGACCGAUAACUCAGAAGAUGAGAUGGUGACAAGUCGGAUCCUAUUUUAUGCAACCUACAAUACGACAAUGGACUUUGAAGACUUGAUCAAAAACCACGCAUUGGGAGAUAAUAUCAACUAUCAAAUUGGGCGUCAUGCGAAACAAUUCCCUAAGUCAGGAAGGACCCCAUUGUCACAAAUGGACGAGCUGGCUCUGACAGACACCCUCAAGUUGAUAUACAACGUGUCAAAGCUCUUUGAUCUUGCUGCCGCCUUCUCCCCUUCCAUCCCUCACAUUUUGAAGAUCAUCAGUCGCAUCGAUAUUCCGUCUAAGCCUCUAGAUGGAUUACUUGGCGGCCUCCUCAAUGCAUUGUCCAUCCUUGACCUGGAAGAAAAGAAAGGCAAGGCAUUUGAGAGCAGCCCACUUUUCCCGACGUUUGACCAAAACUGCAACGUGGACAAAUUGAUCAAGAUAUUGGAUCAGGCCGUGUCAUUAUACAGCCCCGAGGAGCUGGAAAGCAAGGCAGUCCCGCUGCUAUAUUUACUUAUAACCAUUCACGAAGUUGCACCCGACGGACCCCGCAAGUACAUGCAAUGGCUUCUUCUGCCUGAGAACAGUGACCGAAGCCUCCCAAUUGGACAGUCUGACACCCUGUCUUCAAGGCUGUUGAAACUCUCGACUAGUCACCACGCUAAUCUCAAGGUUGCGAUCUCUGAACUGAUGUUUGUCCUCUCCGACAAAGAUGCCGAGAAGCUUACCAAGAAUAUUGGGUACGGCUUCGCUGCAGGAUUCCUGGCAGCUCGGGGUAUCGAGAUGCCACAGAAUGCUAGCGAAGCAUAUGCAACCGAUCACGGCCCAGAUGCACAACUCAACCCUAUUACUGGGCAGAGAUGGGCUGCUGAGCCUAAGGAUGAGGGCCCACCUAUGACUAUGGAGGAGAAGGAACGAGAGGCAGAACGACUGUUUGUGCUAUUUGAGAGGGCGAGAGCGAAUGGUCUUCUCAAUGUCGAGAACCCGGUGACUCAGGCUCUUCAUGAAGGGAGGUUCGAGGAACUGCCAGAUGAUGCUGAUAGUGAUUGA